AUGAAGGGGCAGACGAAAUCCCGGUCGGGAUGCCAGGUGUGCAAGGCGAAAAGGCUGAAGUGUGAUGAGAGCAAGCCAGGCUGUCAAAAUUGUAAAGACAGAAAGAUUGUCUGCCCUGGCUAUCAGCAGACGCUCAAAUGGUCGACCAAGCAUGAGCGGCGCAGCAGGCGCAAUACCAAUGAUCCCCCCAAUCUCGAUCAACUCAUCUCUGCCGCCUCCGUGUCAUUUCAAGAGCAUCAUGUUUCAGACACGCAGAGUCAUGUUCGAUCGUCCGGGGCCACUCCAAGUCUCCCCCCUACACAACCAUCCUCUUCCUCGGAGAAGGGGGCGAAAGCUGGCAUUGUCGCCACAAGUUAUUCUCAACCAUCAACCCAACGACGUCUGAGGCCAGUCAAUCUUAAAGCUGAUCAUGCUUUGACGGCUUCAGCAAACACGAAGCUUGAGCUCAAGCCACUCCAGCCAACCCCGAGCAACUCCGAAGAUGCUGAAGAGAAGCAAAUUGUUGUCUCCAAGGGCUGCACCUCAGGUUAUAUACCAAUCAGUUCCCCAGCACAAGCCAUCUCCGAACCAUCGACAUUCCUCAUUGAGCUCUGGUUCAAAUCCGUGUGCGGCGCCUGGGCAGCCUACGACUCCCCAACGAAUCCAUUUCGACGACUUGGAUCUUCCCUAUGGGGCUCGUCACGACCUCUAUUCUAUUCUCUCCAGAGCAUGGCAGCUGCUUCGUUGGUCAAGCGCCAGCCUGAGAUCCAAGAGAUUGCUGCGUCAGCUCCACGGAUCGCGACCGAAGCCAUCAUACACGAGCUGAGGAAACUAUUUGAAGCGCCGAAUACCGUCACGACCAUACCUCACGCUCUCAUUAUAUCUCUCUUCUGCUUGAGUUCAUCGCUCUGCUGGAUGGAUCACAAGCAGCUCGGGCUACAAUACCUCCGUCAUGUCCGGGUGAUACUGUCCCUUCUGGAAAUGAGAUCCAAGUAUCUUACAAAAGAAGAUCAAAAGCUCGUUGAAUUCUUCAAAGAGUGCCUGAUUUACGAAGAAUCCGUCAGAAGUAUCGUGACGAGCUACAAGGAAGACAUCAGCACCCUCGUGGAAUGGACGCCCGCAACCUACCCACCGUACGACUUUGUCCUACACCCCUGGACCGGCGUUCCGCCAAAGAUAAUCGCGCUCUUUGGAAAGGCCAUGUCCUUGUGUCGCAGGUCUCGCGAUACGUGGCGAGGCAGCAUCGCGCCCACGUAUGAGGUGAUGUGGCAGGCGAUGCUAGAUAUCAACGAAGCUCAGGCCCUCGAGGAGACACUCUUAUCGGUCGAGGUACCAGCUCUUAUCGAGGAUGCGGGCGAAAUUCGCAAGGAAGAUGGUCUGGACAUGGACUUGCACCGCGCUGCCGAGGUGUUUCGUCUAUCGUCGCUUCUUCAGCUCUACCAGACAUUUCCUGAUCUCGUCUCCAGGCGUCUACCAGAUAGGAUAGAUUCAGGGAGCGUUACAAAAACGACAUGGCCGACAUCGCUCGCUCUAUACAUAACCGGGAUACUCUCGGAGAUCCCAGCAGAGUCAAUCCGAUGUCUUCAGCCCUUACUAUGCCUAGGCGUAGGCUCCGGACUCCGGUGCAAGACAAUAUCUACGGAGGAGGCACCCCCUAAGUUGGAGCUGUCAGAUACAAGCUGGUCGGAUAUGUCUUACCCAGUGAUCGGAGACUCCAAGUCUCCAAAGCAGAGGCAUUUCUCAGACGUGGGCCUAGCUCGCGAGUUCAUCAUGGACAGGCUGAGGGGAUUUGGUCAAGGUCCCGCUGUAGGCCCUAUUGUCAUACUUCGGGAACUUCUACAGGCUGUCUGGUCAUGGUACGACAGUGAGGCGGUGCCGGGGUCGGUGCAUUGGCUCGACGUCAUGGCUGAUCUCAAGUAUGAGACUGUCUUUGGUUGA